CUCUCCCGGAGGCUGACGCGUCACGUUCCAGACACAAGAUGCCUUCCGCGCGUCCUCGCUGGUCUAUCUCUACAGCUGCCGUUGGAAUAGUAAAGUGACUAUUUCUUACAAAUAAAGUUAUAUUCUGCUCUGAUAAGGAGAUUUAAAUACAGAUUCACACCCGGAGAACACGGAGCGGAUUAUAAUCUCUUAAAAAAAACCAAACACAUUCUGCUCUUUAACAGCCAUCGGCGGCUACACCGUGUAGGAGGAGCCAGCGGCGUGUUUCCGCUACACCAGGCCGAGAGAGUUAAUCUAUGCUGCCGUACUGAGAAUUACAGGAUAUUGGUGGAACAGUUCGCAGCUAUUGCGGGACACUGUUAGAGUACAAAUUGUUUAAUCACCGGGGAGCUGCGGUUGUCCAUAUCUGGGGAAAAAGAAGAGGAAGGAGUGGCAGCUGGACUGUCAGCAAUGGAAGCCGAGUUUCGGGAAAUCGAUGACAACGGGAGUUGGAGCGCCAUUUAUCAGGAGAUUCGUCAGCAGUCAUGUGAACUCCCUUGCAAGGUUGCCAAAUUACCUGAAAACAAGAAUCGGAAUCGUUACAGAGAUGUUAGCCCAUUUGACCACAGCAGAAUAUAUCUGCAGCUGGGUAUGAAUGACUACAUUAAUGCCAGCCUGAUAACAAUAGAUGAGGCAAAGAGGAACUACAUCCUCACUCAGGGACCCCUUCCAAAUACAUGUGGCAACUUCUGGGAGAUGGUGUGGGAGCAGAGGUCCCGCGGUGUGGUGAUGCUGAACCGAGUCAUAGAGAAAGGAUCUGUGAAAUGUGCCCAAUAUUGGCCACACAGAGAGGAGAGAGAUGCUAUCUUUGAAGAUACCAAUUUCAAGCUCACCCUCAUCUCAGAAGACAUCAAAUCUUACUACACAGUCCGUCAGCUGGAGUUGGAAAAUCUGUCUACUCAAGAGACUCGUGAGAUUUUACAUUUUCACUACACCACUUGGCCUGACUUUGGGGUACCGGAGUCUCCUGCCUCCUUCCUUAAUUUCCUGUUCAAGGUGCGGGAGUCGGGUUGUCUGAAUUCCGACCAGGGACCAGUGGUGGUGCACUGCAGCGCCGGCAUCGGACGCUCUGGGACCUUUUGUCUUGUGGACACCUGCCUCUUACUGAUGUCCAUCCGUAAGGACCCGUCUUCAGUGAGUAUUCGUGAUGUGCUGCUGGAAAUGCGACGCUAUCGAAUGGGCUUGAUUCAGACAGCAGAUCAACUUCGCUUCUCCUACCUUGCUGUCAUUGAAGGUGCCAAGUACAUCAAGGGAGAUGCAUCUCUGCAGGAGUGGAAAGAGCUCUCAAACGAGGAAGAUGAUCCUCCAGAGUUCACCCCUCCGCCUCCUCUUCCUCCUCCCAGAGACCCUCACAACUGCAAAGUUGAGCCAUCCUUUUUCCCCGAAAAUGUUAAAAUCAUUCAACAGAUGGAAAUCCACAGUCUGGGGACCUCACAAGAGUCGGAGCUGCGAAAGAGGAACGUUGCCGCCCCCCAGCCUCCUCCUGCCGGUGCUGAGCAGCUCGAUGACCACAUGGGUAUCGUAGAUCAUACCUCCAAAGCUCCAACCAAAUCCCAGCAGCUGGAGACGGAGGAGGCAGUGGAGCAGCCAAAAGAAAGCUCUCCUGUUCCGGGGACUUGGUCCCCUCUACUAACCAACGUGUGCCUGUGCACGGCGCUGGCUCUCAGUGCUUACGUCUGUUAUCGAGCCUGUUUCCACUGAUGUCUGUCCUUCCUCCUCUUUUUUGUUCCCUCCCUGUCUCUCCACUGAUGUUGCAAAGUGGACUAGGCUUGCCAAUCAGCCUGCUUUGACUUUGGUUUUACUCUGCGAGUGAGUGGAUUAUUUGGACUUCAGCAGAUUCAGGUUCACCAGGGGUUGAGGGGUUGGCUGGUUGGGAAUAACAAGCUUCCAAUCCUCAUUACCCACCCAACCAUUCUUUCAAUAUGUCACCAUGGAUGCUCAGGGCCUCCGUUUUUCAGGUUUGACGUCCCAAAUGUGUGUGCCGACUGAAA